AUGGGUUCGUGGACUAGAAUGUGGCCCAUAGAUUGGGCUGUUCUCAUGAAAUCAUGGCUUAUCCUUUCCCUGGGGCUCUACAUGCAGGUCUCUAAAACAUGGGCCUGCCCAAAAGUGUGCCGCUGUGACCGAAACUUUGUCUACUGUAAUGAGCGAAGCUUGACCUCAGUGCCUCUUGGGAUACCGGAGGGUGUAACCGUCCUCUACCUCCAUAAUAACCAAAUUAAUAAUGCUGGAUUUCCUGCAGAGUUGCACAAUGUCCAGUCUGUGCACACGGUCUACUUGUAUGGCAACCAGUUAGACGAAUUCCCUAUGAACUUGCCCAAGAAUGUCAGAGUUCUCCACCUGCAGGAAAACAACAUUCAGACCAUUUCUCGGGCUGCCCUUGCUCAGCUUUUGAAGCUGGAAGAGCUGCACCUGGACGACAACUCCAUCUCCACUGUUGGUGUUGAGGAUGGGGCAUUCCGGGAAGCCAUCAGCCUCAAGCUUCUGUUCUUGUCCAAGAAUCACUUAAGCAGCGUACCAGUGGGCCUUCCGGUGGACUUACAAGAACUUCGAGUAGAUGAAAACCGAAUUGCUGUCAUUUCAGACCUGGCCUUCCAGAAUCUUACAAGUCUGGAGCGUCUGAUUGUGGAUGGCAAUCUCCUUACUAAUAAAGGCAUAGCUGAAGGCACCUUCAGCCACCUCUCCAAGCUCAAGGAAUUCUCAAUAGUGCGGAAUUCACUGACCUACCCUCCUCCCGAUCUUCCAGGUACACAUCUGCUAAGGCUCUACUUGCAGGACAACCAGAUAACCCAUAUACCACUUACAGCCUUUUCAAACCUCCACAAGCUGGAACGUCUUGAUAUUUCCAACAAUCAACUUCGGAUGUUGGUAAAGGGGGUGUUUGAUAAUCUCCACAACCUGAGACAACUCACUGUAAGGAAUAAUCCCUGGUUGUGUGACUGCAGUAUUAAGUGGGUCACUGAAUGGCUCAAAUUUAUUCCCACUUCCAUCAAUGUGCGGGGUUUUAUGUGCCAGGGACCAGAGCAGGUCCGAGGUAUGGCAGUCAGGGAGCUCAAUAUGAAUAUGUUGUCAUGCCCCACCACCACCCCUGGCCUGCCACUUAUCAUCACCCCAGUCCCAGCAACAGCCAUGCCGACUACAUUAGUUCCCGCCUCAUCAGUUUCUCCCCCGAGUAGCAAAUAUAAUCCUCUCACUCCCACCAUAGCCACACUCCCCACUGUGCCUGACAGGGAGGACAGAGAAAGGGUGACACCUCCUAUAUCGGAACGCAUUCAACUCUCCAUCCAUUUUGUGAAUGACACUUGCAUCCAAGUUAACUGGAUGUCUCUUUUUACCGUGAUGGCAUAUAAACUCACAUGGGUUAAAAUGGGCCAUAGUCUGGUAGGAGGAAUUGUUCAGGAACGAAUAGUUAGUGGUGAGAAGCAACACUUAAGUUUGGUAAAUCUGGAGCCCAAAUCCACCUAUCGGAUUUGUUUGGUUCCGCUGGAUACCUAUAACAAUUACCGAACUGGAGAAGACACUGUCUGUUCAGAAGCGACAACCAAGGCUUCCUUUUUGAGCAAUGGCAGCAACAUCCCCUCCAGCCAUGAGCAGACGACUUCUCAGAACCUGGGCUCCCCAUUUCUGCUGGCAGGGUUGAUUGGGGGUGCAGUGAUAUUUGUCCUCGUGGUCCUGCUCAGCAUUUUUUGCUGGCACAUGCACAAAAAAGGGCGUUACACCUCCCAGAAGUGGAAAUAUAACCGGGGCCGUCGGAAAGAUGACUACUGCGAGGCAGGGACCAAGAAGGACAACUCCAUCCUGGAGAUGACGGAAACCAGCUUCCAGAUUGUCUCCUUAAAUAAUGAUCAGCUCCUUAAAGGAGAUUUCAGACUGCAGCCCAUUUAUACCCCAAAUGGGGGCAUUAACUACACAGACUGCCACAUCCCCAACAACAUGCGAUACUGCAACAGCAAUGUCUCAGACCUGGAGCACUGUCAUACGUGAUAGUGAAAGGAGAUGGGGGUGUUUAGGACAAAGAGAAAAAACUCUGGAAAAAGUAAUCCCCCAACAACAAUGAAAAAAAUACAUUUGAUAAAUGUUACCCAGAUGCAUUUAUGCAUUUGAAUACUCUGUAAUUUAUACGGUGUACUAUAUAAUGGGAUUUAAAAAAGUGCUAUCUUUUCUAUUUCAAGUUAAUUGCAAAUGGUUUUGUAACUCUUUGCUUUUUAAAUCUUUAAAAAAUAUUGCUAAGUACUGUACAGGGUUGUACAAUAAGAACCCAAUGUCAUGGCAAAGGAAAGAAUUGCUCAUUCUUCAAACAUUAACCACUUUGCUGUCGAAGCUGUCUGAGGGAUAAGUUUCUAGGUGUCCUGUAGUACAGGAAAAUAAGUGCAUAUUAAAACAGGGUCGCUAGGAACAGGGAAAACCAAUUCAGAUAAAAUGGGUACAACUUUCAGUCUUGAACCUGGCAGUUGCUGUUGAGCUUCAAACAAUUGGAAAUAUUUCCGUUGCCCCUUGUCAGUUCUGCAUUUCCUACCUCCAACUGAAAGCUGGAGUUCCGAGUGCUACCAAAAAGGCUACUUUCUUAUUUGAUCAGUUUUCUCUCAGUAUACUUGGAAUAGGAAAGCUAGACAGAGCUCAGUGUCAAAGUGACCCUGAUUCCUAUUUGCAAAAGCUACUCUGAAAAU